AUGGAACGUUUGCAUUUAAAAUACCAACAAAAACCAUGGAGUGAAACUCUGAAACUUGUUCGUGUUUGCAUGGAUAAGCCACUUCAACGGCCUGACAGUAAUACUCCAGAUGGUCCAUUGCUCUCUUGUAUGGAGAAGAUACAGAGGGCGUUACAUGAUAAAUCUUUGUUUUCUGUGAUGAACAGAUUGGAAUCUUUAUCCAAACAAAAAGGGCUUAAUGCUCAUGUUAGCCCCAGUGGGACUGCCUGCUACAUAACAUCGAGCAUGUUUUAUAUAGAAGUUCAGCUGGAGAAGGAUGGAGAGGUGAUGGAUGUAAAGUUGGCUCACCUUGGAGAAGAUCCUGUGGUUUGUGAUGACCUGGUACAGCAUCUAAGGAUGAAGAACUAUGAUGCCUUUGGAAAGAGUCUAGAAGACCUGUCAAAUCUGUAUCAAAUUCCAGGAAACAGUGAAAUGCAAGCUAAGGGGUACUUUGCCUUACAGGCCCUUGAAAAAGAUCUUUAUUCAAUGUCUCUUCUAGAAAGAACACAGGAUGUAAACAGAGUUACUGAAGUACUUCAUGGAAAAGUAGGACACCUGGUGCCAAGAACUGGAGCCACUCCUAUGAACAUUGAAUUUUACAUUUCUCCCUAUCAAGUUUUGGAAGCAGAACUAAAUCCCGAUUCCCAGGUAUGUGGAACAAAAGCAGUUGUGGCAGUUGAAGGCACAGAUACGCUGCACAAACUUCCUCUUUCUCCACUGUUUGUAGAUUCUCAAGCUGGAGAGGACGGCAAUGCUGCUUUUUUGCCACUGACUGAUGAACUCAGCAUGGAUUUGCCAGCUGCUUUUGUGUUGAAGUUCCACCAGCCUAUUCCUAUGUCCUCAUGCAGUAUUGAAGAGAUACAGAGGCUCACAGGAAUUCAGAUUACUGGCUUGAAACUAGCUCCUCUAUAUGAGCUGAUUGUUCAGGCUACCCUUCAAGAAAAAUGCAGUGAAGACUUGUCUACACAUAAAUCCUGUUUCUUUGUGUCUCUUCCAGAUUGCCCAAAGCACUGUUACUUCAUAAACAAGGGCUCAGAAAAAUCAGAUUUCGCAGGAGCCUUGGUCAGUAAAAUCCCAUUUAGCCAUCCGAAGUGUGUGCCUGGCGUAAUAGAGAUUCUUCGACAUCAAGUGGCAUAUAACAGUCUUAUUAGCAGCUGCGUCUCUGAGAAGCAUAUACAUGAAGAUGAUUCAGAACUGCUUUACUUUGAAGUGGUACCACACAAGAACACCAGCUUUUCUGUCUUUUUCCUUCAUCCCGUGAAAGAGAAUUUAGCCUGUGAGAAGUCCAGUGUCGCUUUCAUUUAA